CGAAGUUUUGAAGCAAUGGUUUCUAAAGUAGGACUUUCAACCAUGCAAAUGUUAUAUUCAUAUGAUUGGUUUUGGCUCUUUGGUGAUGUCAUAUUACUGUUUCAGAUUGGUCAAGGAACUUACAGUAGCGUGUACAAAGGUCGUGAUCUCCUGAAUAACAAAGUUGUUGCUCUGAAAAAAGUGCGCUUCGAUAAUAUGGAUCCUGAAAGUGUAAAGUUCAUGGCAAGGGAAAUCCUCCUUCUUCGACGACUGGACCAUCCAAAUAUAAUUAAACUAGAGGGCUUGGUCACAUCUAGAACAUCGUCUAGUUUGUAUCUGGUUUUUGAAUAUAUGGAACAUGAUCUCACUGGUCUUGCAUCACUUCCUGGAGUAAAGUUUACCGAAUCUCAGGUGAAGUGUUACAUGCAACAGCUGCUGAGUGGACUUGAUUAUUGCCAUAGUAAUGGUGUCCUGCAUCGAGAUAUCAAGGGUUCAAAUCUUUUAAUUGACAAUCAUGGCAUCUUGAAGAUUGCAGAUUUUGGCUUAGCAAGUUAUUUUGAUAAUCAUCAAAUUGUUCCAUUAACAAGCCGUGUUGUUACGUUGUGGUAUCGGCCACCAGAACUUUUAUUUGGAGCAACUCGCUAUGGCAUUGCAGUGGAUUUAUGGAGUACUGGUUGCAUCCUUGGGGAACUAUAUGCAGGGAAGCCGAUAAUGCCUGGUAGAACAGAGGUUGAGCAAUUGCACAAGAUUUUCAAACUUUGUGGUUCACCUUCCGAGGAUUAUUGGAGAAAAUCAAAAUUACCUUAUUCGACUGUAUUUAAACAUAUUCAACCUUACAGACGGAGAAUUGCCGAACUCUUUAAGGAUAAUUCUGGUCCCGCUAUAGGCCUAAUAGAGACCUUACUUUCUAUUGACCCUGCAAGCCGAGGAACUGCUGCUGCUGCUCUCAAGAGCGAGUUCUUUACGACAAAACCAUUUGCCUGUGAUCCAUCAAGUUUACCAAAAUACCCUCCCAGCAAAGAGAUUGAUGCAAAAUUACGCGAAGAGGAAGCUAGGAGGUAAGUGCAUUUACAGUUACUGUAAAUUACAUUUUAUUUAAUUCAUGUGUCAUAAAGGUAAAAACCAUGCAUUUUUUUUUUUGGGUGCAUUUCAUGACAUCAUUCAUAUAAAGUAAUCGACUUUUGUUAGGAUUAGCAAUGACUCGAA